AAUCAAGGUUCUUUUUUAUCUACAACAAAUGAUGUUUCCAUUAUUGAGUAAGACGUAUAUUGUCUUGAAAUAUAGUACCUUGAAAUCUUUAGGUGAUGUCAUGCAUAGUUGUUCUUAAAUCUCAUUAUAACUAUUUGCAUAUUGAUCUUAACAGUAAUUUAAAAUAAACAAUGUGGUUGUGUUUGACUAAUCUUAACCACUGUUAUCUAAAAUAUUUUUAUUGGGAAUCUGUUCUUUGUCACAUAUGACAAACGUUGCAUAAUGGGGUUACAAUGGUAAGCAAAAGAGAUUUGGCCCCUGCCCUGUGGAGCUUCCAAUCUAGAGAGAAAGACUGGGCGUGAAUCAGUUAAUCAUGCCAAUAUAUAGAGACUAGAGAUAGAUUCUGUUCUCCAGUGUAAUUGUGACUGGGGGUGGACUGUUAAUUAAACAAAUUGGUAUAGCAUAGAAUAUUAAAAAAAUGAUAUCUACAUAAAUAUUUCAGGAUUUAAACGUGUUCUAUCAAUGUUUCAUUGUUUAUCAGUGUUUAUCAGUUUGCCUAUUAAUUGAUGUAUAGUCAAGGCUUUUAAGCAUCUGUCCCUUGUGUGACAAUCCCUGUCACCUUCUUGGGCUAGUUAUACCCAUAAAUUGUAUUUUAUGGUUGUUACUUUUGAUUUACUUGAAAUGGCAGGAGAGCGUAAAGGUAUUUGGCAAGCCAUCUAAGAGCAGAAUUUGUCUAGAUGUGUUUGAUUUUUAUUUCAAUUUUACAAAGAUACAUGACACCUGAUUUGGUGGUUUCUAAAAACAAUUUACUUUUGUUCUGUCCAAAGCAUUCAAUCUACUGUCACUAAAAACAUUCUUCCUUUGCCCUUCAUAUUGCAUUAAUUAUGUAAUAUUUAAUAAAUCGAGAGCCCAUUAUCAUAACAAACAGAAAUGACAUAAAGAGCCUUGGCUCACAUAAAGUGGUUAGAGUGGGGUCUUGUGUGGGUGUGUUAGCGUAGCCCUUCUGUCGUUAGGGUGCAAUGGCCAACAGUAUGUUUUCCAGAGGGAAAGAAGAUCCUCGGUUACUCUGGUGACUUGGUGAAUGUAGGUUGGCUAAGAAAUGUGUCCUUUAUUGUUAGUGAUAAGUACCAAGGAGUGUAUAAUGGAGGAAGAGUGCAGGGAGCUAUAAGGAGGUAGGAUAGGUAGCCGGACUUAUUCUGGAAGCCACAGGAGGUGUUCCUAAGGAAGACAUGGGCUGGGAUAGGAGGAGAAGGAAGGCUGACCGGGUGAGGAAGGGUGGGUGAGUAUGGAGUAGAGAGCGGCACGUGCAGAGCUCUGAAGCAGGCCAACGCUUGGCAUAUCAAGGAAGCAAAGGAGAUCAGAGUGGCAGGGGCACAGAAAAGGCGGGAGGAAGGAAGGGUGAAGAAUGAGACCGGAGGCUGAGGCAGGAGGCGUCUCACGUAGGGGCUUGUAUGCGCUGCUGAGGUUCUGGGUGUUUCCCGAAACAGCAGGGCAACUGAGUAAAGCAUUCAUGUUUGUGUUUUAAAAGGGUUCGUCUGGCUGUUUGAAAGAUGGAACGGAUGGGGCAUCAGUUAUGUAGUGAAUAGAGUAGGCUAAGAAAUACUGUCCUUGUCCCCCAAAUGGUUCAUUUUACCCUUUUUGGGGGGGUUUCAUCUUGCUAUCUGAUGAAAUGGGUCCUCAAAAUGCUUGAGGAAAACCAGAACUUAAAUUUAUCACAUGUAAAUCUUUUCAAUACCCAGGAAAACCUGGACCUUUAUUUUCUAUAGGGCACUUUGCUUACCAUUUUCUCCUUUUAUGCUUAUAUUUAUAUUCAUGAUUUCAGCACAACAUGUUUUCAAGACAAUAUAAGAAAAAGGAAAAGUUGUUCUUUUAAGCUUGUACCAUGCUAUUGACUUUCUUUGAAAGGACAACACGUGUGUUUAUUUUAUCACUAAGGGUCUAAAAAUUAACCAUGAAACAUCAUUCUCUACUUCUAAACUAUGUAUAACAAAGAAAUGCUUUUUUGCAACUCCAUCAAUAAUUCAAAUGCAACUUAAAAGAAAGUAGGGCAGUGUAAGGAAAAAAGCACACUUGUUCCAUAAUUGAAUCAAUUAAAUAGUAUCAAAUCCCAUUGUCAUUCUUCUAUUGAUGAAACAACUUCUGUUAACUACAAAGUCUAAUAAAAAAUAAGAUCUCAGAAUUAUGAGGCAAUGUCGUAGACAUUUCCGUAUUUUUUUUUUCUAUCGUAAAAUACAAAUAGUGAGAGCAACCUUUUACUAGUGUGCAGUAAUGAAGCAACAGCUUUUGAAAGGUGCUCUUAUUGGGAUUUUAGUAGUUUCCAAGGCUGUGCAGUAAUAGCCCAAGCUAUUUUGGAACUGUGCAUACAUUAGUGUUUGGUGCAGCAUGAUACAAUAAUGUGUGAAAAAGUAUACGAUCACACCUUGUUUAAAUUUGCAGUUUUUGUGCAUAAUCCCACAGUGAGCUCUUGUCAGGUUUUGACUGUGUAUAGGAGAAAAAGAGUUUAUAGAAGCCUACAUACAGAUUGGGGUCAGAUGUAAAUAUCUGACUAUGAAAAGAACGUUUUUGAACUUGUACUUUAAUUGUACAAAGGAAGUAGGUUUAUAUUACCUAUAAUAUUUUGAACAUCAAUCUACAGUCCAUGGAAGUUUCAGAAUGUACAUAUAUAACCAUGUUAAUGAAAAUGUGUAUCUGAUCUAUUUUGUAGUUGUAGAGUAUGAAUGAAAAGUGUAGUUUGAUCUUUAAAAAUAAUGAACACACGGUAACUUAUGCAUUCAUAUUAAUGUGGUUUCUCAAAAUUGUCACCCAGAGAAGUAAAUUCCUGAUUCCAGUGAUCCCUUGUUCAAAACAUUUUGGAAAACUUCCUCUCAGAAUUGCCUUUUGACGCAUUUGCAAGCCUGACAAAACCAUCCAUCUCAUUACUUUCUAUUUGCAUUUUAUACCAAGAUCCAUCUUCCUUUUUUUUAAUUCACCAGAGUUGGCUAUAAAUGUCUCUCUGAAAUGAUGAAAAUGGCUAAAAUUGACUUUCAAAUUAUGAAAUUUGUCACCAUUGAGGAUAUUUAGAAGCAUGCAUGCCUGUGUGCAUUACAGACAUAGAAGGCAGUUUCAAAAAGGGGUAGAAAAUACCGUUGAGUAAUGGCUGAUCUUCUGAGUGCGUGAGUGGCGUUCCACGGUGGGCACUGUAAAGGGAAAGCACAUUGGAUGACAUGGUAUGUUUGUUUAAAAACCAGUCACAUUACUUUUUAAUGACACUGUGUAUUAGUUUUACAAUGUAUACAGAGGAAAACGCAAAUAUAUCUUUUGGAAUGCAAGGCUAAAAUCCCUUAUACAAUUAGUACUGUAUUUUAUUAAGACAAUGAAAAGAUUAAGCAGCUGAAAGGUUAAUCCUAUGUUGCUAGGUUCUUCAGAUAAUGGUCCUUACAUAGGAGUAUCUCUCUAUAAUUUAAUUUUAUUUAAAUACUGCAGCUUAUUACCUUAUCUGUAAGUAUGUGUAUUCCAAUUGUCAUCUUACAUAAUUCAGACUUAUUUUCAUGUCAUUUGAAGGUAUUACUUGGUAGCAUUUGAAAUUUUCAUUUCAGUUGACUUCUUGAUGUAAGUAAUUCACCCAGUUCUCAAUACUAUUAGCGUUUGUUUUUUUAGCCAUCAUUAAAGAACCCAAAUAGUUACAUGUGCUUGAAAUGUAAAAUAAUUGAAUUCCAAUGUUUUCUAAAUUUAAGAAAUACAUGUCCAUCCAUUGUAUCUCACACAAUGUUAAUGUGUUAAAAGAUUUAUGAGUAAAAUGAAAAUGAAGUAGCAAUGUUCAUCUCCGAAACAUUUACCAUUUACCACACCCUUUGAACAUCUUUAUUGUGUUCUUUCUUAAAUGGGUAGGAAAUGAAAGAAAGAACUGCCAUAGAGGAUCACUUGAGUAGUUUCUAUUUUCCGAAUAUUAGAAUUAGUAGUAGUACUAAUAAAGGGAGAGCAAACAAUUCAAAUACAAUUUUGCUGUGAUUGGCUUUUGGGUGACCCUGUACCCUGUACUUUCUGACUUCCACCUUUGGACAUUAAUAAUAGGGAACAAAUGCUUAGACUUUAAGAAUGUCAUUGGUAGCUCUUUGAAAAUUGUUGGAUUUAUGUGCAAAUCCAUAUUUGAAUAUGAAGGUCUGGUAUACACUUCUGCACCACUUUUCAGAAGUAUAACUCACCCUUUGGAGACAGUAAAGAUUUGUUUAGCAUCUUACGUUAUUUUUGCAGACUAAUUUGUGUUGCACUGAUUCUUCUCUCCAGUUAACUACCUGUUAACAUGUCUCUUUUUCUGGUUUCAUAGUACUAAAUGGACUUUCUCUUUCUGAAUGCCUUUAUUCUCGACUUUUCUAAAAGUGUUAAAGCAUAGGGUUUAUGCAGGAAUUGUUCCAGACUAAUAGCUACUUCUUUCUUAUUAAAUACCUUAGUUUGUAUUAAUGAAAUUGGGUGCUGGUUUGGUUUUGCAAAAACAAUGUUCAUUUUCUUGAAUGAGGGAACAGUUUUCUUAAUUGAAGUAUAAUUGACAGGCAAUAUUAUGUUGGUUGCUGGUGUGCAAACGUAGUGGUUCAAUAAUCACAUCCAUUACAAAAUGCUCACCAUAAGAAGUAUACUUUGCAUCUGUCACCCUACAAAGAUACUACAAAAUUACUGACCAUAUCCCCUAUGCUGUACUUUUCAUCCAAAGGGGGAACAGUUUUGUGGGAUUAAAUCAAACUGAACAUGCACUACACCUUUAGUUCUUCGAUCACUUUAUGUUGCCUAUUAACUGUCAUGGAUGCUUGACAACCAAUGUCAGAAUUGAAAUUCCACUGAAGGAAAGCAUAACAUUGUGGUAAUGUUCAUUUGCAAUAUAAUUGUUCACUGACAUUUUCUAAAAUCUGUCACAGAUUAGAAAAUAAAAUCCCAGUCACCUUUUUGUUCCCCAUUAAGGAAAGUAGAUUCAGAAAGCUUGUAUUACAAAUGUAUCAUAGUACUCUGACCAAAAGUUAAGAGUUCUAUUCUUGCAGGAGUUAGGCUAAUAAGUAAUGUUUAUAUAAUACUGAUAAACAUUUCUCCAUGACUGAGUUUUGAGUGGAAAACUUUGUUUCCCUGAGAGACUCUAAGUGAAAAAAAAAAAAAAAAAACAGAGCCUGUCCUCUGAUUGUGUGUAGUGUGUGUGUGUGUGCGUGUGUAGACCCAGCUUAAUACCAACUAAUGCCAACAUCUGGCAAAGAGAUGGAGAUCUGGGAAUUUGUUCUUUGCAAUCCUGGGACAAAGUGUUCUGAUCUGACCAGCAAACAUAACUGUGGACUUGAACUGGAAUCUUCAGGGGCAGAAACGUCUUAAGUGUCUGGAAAAUUGGCCUGUUGAGUCAUCAUGAAGGCACUAAAACAAAACUAAUUUUAAGCAGGUCAAAGUUCAGUGAUUCCCUCUGGAAUUCAAACUUUUUAAAAGAGUCUCAUGUUUAAGUGAAAAGGGUCAAAGUUGAUGCACUGUUACAAUGUUUUGAAUGCUUUCCCUUAAGAACAGCCACCCAAGCUGGGAUUAGCAUGAGGAACUGCAAGGUUGGCACUUCAGCGUCUGGGAUAAAAAUAUUUUAAAGCAGUAAAUGCAGUCAGUACAGAGAGAUCCCUGGGAGCCUUUCUAUUCAAAAAUGUGUGAGCUCAGGGCAGCGGUUGCAAUGUAAUUUAGGGCAGUGUAUGCUUCAUAGCUUCGGAGAAUAUUGCUUCCCACUAAUGUUCCAUGGGAGGAUGGCAGGGUAGUAGUAAUUUUAGAAGGUGGUAUUCCUAUCUGUCUUACAUCGAAACUGCAGAAUAAAUAAAAGGACACAUCAACUGAGCAAGAAAUGUAACUAUGGAAAAGUACCAGUGAAUCUAAAUUUGAACUGAACAGAUACAAAAUCAGCAUGGGUGUAGGAAUAUUUUUAAAGAGGAAGCUACGGCAAAAGCAACUUCCCAGGGAGUGGACGGCGCAGGCUUUUUGAUCGGUCUUCAAUGUAAAGACACACUUCAAGAGGAUCCUUAGAAGUCUUGGACAAACUUCUCCGCAUGUGGCAGACUAUACCAAAACAUUUCAGAAAGAAUCUGUCACAUCUUUUAGAUUGGCUCCUCAAUCUUCUUUGGCAAGUCUAUCUCAAACUGGCUCAGCAAGAAAGUAAACACAUUCCUAUUGCUGAUGACACCAUUCCUGUUUGAAUCCUUUUACAAGAUUUUGAAAGCUGAACAGAGAAUUUUGGCACAGUCCUGGCAUUACAAGAAGUAGAUAAUAUCAAGGACACCAGGAGUGGGAGAAAUUGGACUGGGAGACUCAGCAGGAUGUCUUCCAAGCGACCAGCCUCUCCGUAUGGGGAAGCAGAUGGAGAGGUAGCCAUGGUGACAAGCAGACAGAAAGUGGAAGAAGAGGAGAGUGACGGGCUCCCAGCCUUUCACCUUCCCUUGCGUGCGAGUUUUCCCAACAAGCCUCACUCUGAGGAAUUUCAGCCAGUUUCUCUGCUGACGCAAGAGACUUGUGGCCAUAGGACUCCCACUUCUCAGCACAACACAAUGGAAGUUGAUGGCAAUAAAGUUCUGUCUUCAUUUGCCCCACACAACUCAUCUACCUCACCUCAGAAGGCAGAAGAAGGUGGGCGACAGAGCGGCGAGUCCUUGUCCAGCACAGCGCUGGGAACCCCCGAACGGCGCAAAGGCAGCUUAGCUGACGUUGUCGAUACCUUGAAGCAGAGGAAAAUGGAAGAGCUCAUCAAAAAUGAGCCUGAAGAAACCCCCAGUAUUGAAAAGCUACUCUCAAAGGACUGGAAAGACAAGCUUCUUGCAAUGGGAUCAGGGAACUUUGGUGAAAUAAAAGGGACUCCUGAAAGCCUGGCUGAGAAGGAGCGGCAGCUCAUGGGUAUGAUCAACCAGCUGACCAGUCUGCGAGAGCAGCUGUUGGCCGCCCAUGAUGAGCAGAAGAAACUGGCUGCGUCUCAGAUAGAGAAACAGCGGCAGCAAAUGGAGCUGGCCAAACAGCAGCAAGAGCAGAUCGCGCGGCAGCAGCAGCAGCUUUUGCAGCAGCAGCACAAGAUCAAUUUGCUUCAGCAGCAGAUCCAGCAGGUUCAAGGUCAACUGCCGCCAUUAAUGAUUCCCGUAUUCCCUCCUGAUCAACGGACACUGGCUGCAGCUGCCCAGCAGGGAUUCCUCCUUCCUCCGGGUUUCAGCUAUAAGGCCGGAUGCAGUGACCCUUACCCCGUUCAGCUGAUCCCUACAACCAUGGCGGCCGCUGCCGCAGCAGCACCCGGCUUAGGCCCACUCCAGCUGCAGCAGUUAUAUGCUGCCCAGCUAGCUGCGAUGCAGGUGUCACCGGGAGGAAAGCUGCCAGGCAUACCCCAAGGGAACCUCGGUGCUGCUGUGUCUCCUACCAGCAUCCACACAGACAAGAGCACAAACAGCCCACCGCCCAAAAGCAAGGAUGAAGUGGCACAGCCACUGAACCUAUCAGCCAAACCCAAGACCUCUGAUGGCAAAUCACCCACAUCACCCACCUCUCCCCAUAUGCCAGCUCUGAGAAUAAACAGUGGGGCAGGCCCCCUCAAAGCCUCUGUCCCAGCAGCAUUAGCUAGUCCUUCAGCCAGAGUUAGCACAAUAGGUUAUUUAAAUGACCAUGAUGCUGUGACCAAGGCCAUCCAGGAAGCUCGGCAGAUGAAGGAACAGCUUCGGCGGGAACAGCAGGCGCUUGAUGGGAAGGUGGCCGUCGUGAACAGCUUAGGUCUCAAUAACUGCCGGACAGAAAAGGAAAAAACAACACUGGAGAGUCUGACUCAGCAACUGGCCGUUAAACAGAAUGAAGAAGGAAAAUUUAGCCAUGCCAUGAUGGAUUUCAAUAUGAGUGGAGAUUCUGAUGGAAGUGCUGGAGUCUCAGAAUCAAGGAUUUAUAGAGAAUCCAGGGGCCGUGGUAGCAAUGAGCCACACAUAAAGCGUCCAAUGAAUGCCUUUAUGGUGUGGGCUAAAGAUGAGCGAAGGAAAAUCCUCCAAGCCUUUCCUGACAUGCACAACUCCAACAUCAGCAAGAUAUUGGGGUCUCGCUGGAAAGCUAUGACAAACCUAGAGAAGCAGCCCUACUACGAGGAGCAAGCCCGCCUGAGCAAGCAGCACCUGGAGAAGUACCCAGACUACAAAUACAAGCCGCGGCCGAAGCGCACGUGCCUGGUGGACGGCAAGAAGCUGCGCAUCGGCGAGUACAAGGCGAUCAUGCGCAACCGGCGGCAGGAGAUGCGGCAGUACUUCAGCGUCGGGCAGCAAGCGCAGAUCCCCAUCGCCACCGCCGGCGUCGUGUACCCCGGAGCCAUUGCCAUGGCCGGCAUGCCCUCCCCUCACCUGCCCUCAGAGCACUCGAGCGUGUCCAGCAGCCCGGAGCCUGGGAUGCCUGUUAUCCAGAGCACUUACGGCGUGAAAGGAGAGGAGCCACAUAUUAAAGAGGAGAUACAGGCUGAGGACAUCAACGGGGAAAUUUACGAUGAGUUCGAUGAGGAAGAGGAUGACCCGGAUGUAGAUUAUGGGAGUGACAGUGAAAACCAUAUCGCAGGACAAGCCAACUGAUCAGGGUCAAAAUGGUUGUGACCUUAGGACUUAAAGAAGCCCUAGCUGGUUCGUCCUUACCAGUGGCCAAGCACAUUAACUUUCUCAUACACUGACUGUUACUUUAACUGUUAGUCUUAAAUAGUUGGGACAUCAGCUGACUAAUAGACCUCAGCCUCAAAAGGCUUGGAAAGGAAAAAACAGCAACGACAACAACGAGCAAACAACAAUAAACAAUAUCAACAACAAGAGAUUGAAAUAAGCUAUGGGUAAAAUAAUGCCAGUAAUUCAGCUGCUACAUCCAAGCACUGAAGUCUUACCCGUCAACUUUUUUUUUUUUUUUUAAUAAACUUUAUGGCUGUUUGUUCUACAAUGUUCUAGAAAUUCUCACUCAGGUACACAGUGCCAACAAGUGGCUUGUGAAUGUGUUUUGUUGUUUUGUGCUACAAUUUUUAAAAAGAAAGAAGUUUUGUUUUUUGGGGUUUCUGGGUUUUUUUUCCUUUUGCUUUUACUUUUCUUUCCUGUUUUGUUUUUUUUUUUUUUGUAAUGCACCUGACAGAAAAAAGAAAGAUGAAUUUCUCUUUGCUUCUCUCCACCUUCUCCAUCUCUAUACGUCUUUAAAGAUGGAAGUCUGUGCAUGGGGGGUAAGAGGGAAAAAGAGCCUGUUUUUAACUUCCUUGCUCUCCACCACGAAAUAAGCAAUUAUUUUCUUCAGAGGACUUUAUCUGUUGCACACCACACUACAUCUUUGAGCAAGUGCCAAAUUUGUACUGAAGUGUUGAUCCCGUUCAUUUUUUCCUUUUUCCUGUUCCUUGUUAAGUUAGGACAGUGUUAUAUCUUAGACAAUCCCUUGAAAAACCUGAAAUACCAGCAGCUGGUGAGAUUUGAAUUUUUUUUUUUUUUAAUGGAAACUGUAGGUGCUGUUCUCAGGUGAAAAGAGAGAGAGAGACAUAAGAAAUUUAGAGAAAAAAUAUUUUCUGAUCUUGGAUUUUCGUGUGUAUGUAUGUGUGUGAUUAUGGUACUAAUAGGAGUAACGUUGGACCAUUGUGAGUUAAACCCACAUCUGGGGAUGAAAUCCCACAUCCUCCUAAGUGACUGGUCUGGAAGCAACCUUGACCUUGACUUUGCACUUCAAAUGACAACUUAACCCAUAUAGGGCUCAGAAAUUAUAUUUUUAAAUUUCUAAUACGAUUAUUAUUGGAUGGCUCAGAUGGCCCUGUGUAGUAGAGGUGUGCAUGUAUGACAUGGAAGCUACUAGCAAACUGCUCCCAGAUGUCCCUUCUCCCUGGUUCAGUUUGUUCCACUAACGUGUGCUACUUAACAAUUUCUGUGUAACUUUGAGCAAAAACAAUCAUUGUUUUCCUUGAAUAUAUCUGGCCAUUUUCCAGAAAUAAUAGAAUUGUAGCUUAUUUCUUCAACAUUCCAUCCUUUCCUGAUCAGGAAAUGGAAGUGAUGAUUUUAUAUGGUUUUUUUCAUCUCUCCCUGAAAUGAGGUGGAGGCCAUUUGCAUUUCAGAAUUGUGGGCCAUGUGCCUUUCAUGCCGUAAAAAGCCAGUUUUGAUUAAAAGUCAUCCCAGCCUGACAAAACGGAGGCUGGCGGAAUCCAGCGACCCUCGCCAGUGCCCUUCCCUCGCUGUAGGAUGAGUCCACUGCAGUCCAGUUUGGGGUUCCAGCAGAGUGUGUGCAUACAGCAACCACUGACGGUGAUGGAACUGCUUAUUCAGAUUUUUGCCAGUCAAAUGCCAAGGCAGUUGUAGGGCUUGUACAAAUAAAUGCAAAAUCAUUUCAAGUCAAUAGCCGUUAUUUGUUCUGAAGCAUCAGACGGUAAAUACUCCAACCAGUAGCUUGGAUGUGUUACAGUUUUCACUCCAGACAUCAUUUUCCUAUCCCAUCCCCCAAAAUGACUUUCAAGUUUGAUUUUUACAUAUAAAUAAGGAAAAAAAAAUCCUUUUAUAUUUUUCUCUCUCUCAAAAGACUUGCUCUGGGGUUUUGCUUGGAGGAGCUGAUCAUAUCCUGCAUGUCAGAGAUUUUGUUUUGUUUUUCUGUUUGUUUUUGAUGACUGUAUUCUCAUUUGAACUGCCUCUUUUUGCUAGUGUUGUAAUGAUGAUGAUGAUAAAAUAAUAAUAAUAAUAGUAAUAAUAAUAAUAAUGGUCAGCUGUUCUCAGAUUAGUAAGUUAUGUAUAAUUUAUUUCUCCCUAUUUUAUUCUGCUCUGAUUUGGAAGUGCAGCCAAUAAGCUGUUAGAUAUUUAAAACGAAUUUCCAUCUCCAACACAUACAUACAUACACACACACACACACACACACACACACACACACACACACACACACAUUCACCACACAAUUUUACUUCUCCUUCUAUAAUUUUUCUCCUUUUUUAAACAUUUGGCCCCAACAAUGUCAAGUUCUGGUGUUAAAUAGAAGGGAGUGAAUUAAUAAGAGGGUCAUGUUGAGUCUUAAUUAACUUAUGCUCUCAUCACUCAUUUUAGUUAUUUAAUUGCCACAGUCAUCUAGAGCCAAUUUUUUUUUGUUUUUGUUUUGUUUUUAAGCACUAUGGAUAAGGAAAAAAUAGACACUCAAUAUAAUUAUUCUGUACAAUGUGAAAACAGAUUUUUAAAAAUGUGUUCUGUCUUUAUUAACAAAUUCUUCCUAACUUAUGUGGGUUCACCUCUCACGUUUGCUGGGUACCUAUUUUACACCAUGUUACAAAGAUGCUGUUUUCAUUUCAUGCCUUUGGGCCACAAGAGUGCUUUGUUUUAGCUCCAGGUAGAUGCCACCCAGGGCGCUCACUGCUGAAACCCUCUCUCCCACCCUCACCCGUAAGUUGACAACACACUUCUGUUUGGUCUUUUUUGUUUUUAUUUUUUAUUUUGUUUUAUCUGAAGGAGAAAAUGAAAUUGUUAAUGGUGACCUUUGCUAAAAUUCGGAAGUUAAUUUUAUUUAUUUGGGUUUCUGUCAGAGAGACAAAUUGUGCGUCAGAAACAGAAAGCGUGUCCAGAGCCCUACAUUCAGUCCUCUUGCCCUGACAUCGAAUUCACGGAAUGUCAUAACUUUUUUGCCAUAGUUUUCCCAAGCCCCCUCACAAAACAAAAAAAGUACAUAUUAAUGUUAAAAGUGCUUUGGAGUCAUUUGAUCAAAGGUGCUAUGAAUAGCAACUUACAAUUGCCUUUUUGGCAUUUGAUUGGUUUCUAAUUUUUGUAAGGAUCCUAAAACCUUGUAUUCUUUUUCUGAGCCCCAUGAAGACCAAAAAAAGAAAAAAGAGAGGAAAUGAGAGUCUGCUCAUACUGUCUUCCUCCUCUUUCCUUUCCUACCUCCCCAUUUGCACCCCCGACCGACAUGCAUACAGACACAAACGCAUGCAUACACACACACACACACACACACACACAUGCACACACAGUACUGAGGAAUAAUCUUGCCAGAAGUCUGUUUUUUAUGAUUGUUGUAAUCAGUUCCUCCAAAAAGUAUCACAUUUAAUAUGAAUCUACGAGAACAUCACUGGAAAAAACAGGUUAAAGUUGCUCAUUUAUAAGUUCCUAAUAAUUUGGCUAGUACAAGUGAAUAAAACACAAAACUAUUCUUCAGUACAUUUAUAUCUAAAUUAGUUAAGUCAAUCUUUAACAUUUAUUUGACAUCUGAAGUUAAAGAGUUAACCAUGUAUGAAAUCCGUCCCAAAGAACAUAAUCAUUUUUGAAACCAAAUCCUCUUAUAAGGAACAACUAUAAAAGAGUUCUCUUUGAUGAAAUUAUUUCAUCGAUUUAAUUUCUGGAGUAGACUUUUACCUUCCCUCGUUUAAAGAAAAGUAUCUUUAGCUAUUUAUGACCCACUUGCAGAUAUUUUCUUAAUCCAGUUGUCACUGUUUCCAGAAGAACCUCAUAUCACAUUUGAAACAUCAAAAAUAAUUACAUUUUCAUUCAUUCUAAUGGGUAAAUUAUUGAGUUGUAAUAAACAACUGUGUAUUUACAAACAGGUUUUUAAAAUAUUUGUCUAUCAAGGUAAUAGUGAACUAAAAAUGAUGGGGUCUGCCAAGAAAAAUACAGAGCCCACUUAAAGUGGUUCAGAUAUCUCUUUGUCUUAUAGGGCCUAAGUUUUCAUUUAGACAGGCUUUUCCAGUAUUUAAUUUUAAAGUUUGCUCUAACUAUCAGUUUCCCAGAUCUAAAACGAUGUUGUGUUGAGUUUUCUACUGAUUGCUGUCCCCCCGGUGUUUCUGGCACUGGCUCACUAAAACAGUAUUUAUACAGCUCCACCGGCUCUAAAGCUCUUAGUCCUUCUAACAUUUUGGAUUUUAUGAGGACAAUGGGGGAAAAAAAAAAAGUAGAAAAGAGACAAUCAAAUGCCUGGAGCUUAAAACAAAGUAUGUGCAACCUACCAUCUCACUUGAAAUUUAAUAAAAUAAAUAAUUAUGUAAAUAUAACAUAGAGUUAUAGAUUUAUAUUUUGUUCAUAACACAUAGUGUAAUAUAAGUUGUAUAUUUUCAUGUCUUUGGUUUUAUGUUAUCAUUCAUGCCACAAUAAAAAUAAAACAGGAGUUUAUGUACUCUUAAAAAAAAAAAGAUGUGGGUUACCACCAACCUGUUUUUUGUUUUUUUGUUUUUUUGUUUUUCAUUUUUGCAUUCUCUUUUUUCAGUAUUACUGCCAUGCAAGGCACCAAUAAAAACAGCAAAUGUGUUCUUUACCUAUGAUACUGUGUUUCUUUUCACAAUUCUUGUUAUGAAGGUGUCAUCCUUAAUUUUAUUAUGAUAAGAGCAAAAGUAUGGUGAACAAUUUUUUUCAGUAACUGCAACCCCACUUUCCCGAAGUUGACUUUGAACUGAACUAAGUGUUUAAUUCUUAGAGGCGACCAUGCCAACGUCUCACCAGACAGGGAUCUUCCUUCACUGUAAGAGAACAGGGUUUCUUCACUUUAGAAUUGUAUUUCAUCCUACUGUCCGCAUAGAAGAAAAACUCAUAAUGUCAGAUUAUGAAAUAACUAAGAACUAUCAUUUUCACCAUGCUGGUAUCUAAUUUAGCAUAAUGGCUAUUUCUAAAUUGUUUCACACUCUGAUAUUAGCCAUAGAUUUCACCUUCAACUUUGUGAGUACAUGCUAAAAACAAGAAGUCUCCUUUCCUUCCAAUGGCCAUUUUUGCUUGUCUCUUCCACCAUAAUGUUUUUCUAUCUUGACAGUUCCAUAUUUAAUAGUUUGCUGUAAAGACUCUUGGCUGGGUGGGUGGUUUUUUUAGUAAGUAUCCAGACACUGGGUCAGAUAACAUCUGGUUCAAAUGAAUACAAAAUAAUAAGUAUAUAAAGAGGAUAUUUUCAACUAACCCUUUGCCCAUUGUAUUCCUCAACAGAAGUAUUUUACAAGGUCCGUAAACCACCUGCUUCAGAAUUCACUGUUUAAAAGAAUGUAGAUUCCUGGGCCCAUCUCCAGACGUAGUGCAACAGAAUCUCUAGGGAUAGAGAUGAAGCUGUUGAUACUUCACAGCUCCAAUUAUUCUGCACCGCUGGUAUUUCAGAACGACCAGGAGGUGGGGCUAUUUUCCUCUCCUAUUUAAUUUUUGGCAAGUCAAAGCCUGCAGAUACUACUGCCUACCAGAUUUUAACCUUAGGCCUUUGCGAAACCUUGAAAACGAGGGUGUGUGCAUACGCAAGCCUUUGAGAUUGGAAAGAGCCCUCCAGCUGUCCGGCCAUCCUGCUUGUGAGGGCACUACCCACCAGUACCAUGUACAUCAUCACCAUGUUUUAGCUUCU